AUGAAAGGCGUGGAAAUACCGUUUCUGUUCCACUGCGGAGAGACACUGGAGAUGGGGACCGACACAGACGGCAACGUCGUGGACGCGCUCCUGCUCGGCUCAAAGCGGAUCGGGCACGGAUUCUCACUUUCGAGGCACCCAUACAUCAUGGAAAGGAUGAAGAAGCAGAACAUAUGCCUCGAGGUUUGCCCAAUUUCCAACGAAAUCUUAGGCCUUACACCGAGAAUCGGCGGCCAUGCCAUGUACAACCUCCUGGCAAAUAAUGUGCAUUGCACAGUCAACAGCGACAACGGAACGCUUUUCAGGUCGUCACUAUCCCACGACUUUUACCAAGUUUUCGCCGGCAGGGACGACUUCACCCUCCAUGGAUGGCGCCAGCUGAUUGAGUGGAGCUUGGAGCAUGCCUGUCUAGACAAGAAAGAGUACAACAAGGUCUAUGACGAGUGGGAAAAGCUCUGGGACGAGUUCUUGGACUGGAUUUUGGAAACCUAUGAAACCCAGCUCAACACGGCCAACUCACUAGGAUAGUGUUCCAUCCUGGCUGUGCCGGGUCCAGUAAUCGAGCGAGGCUUUGAACCUUAGCGACGAACUCGCCCAUGUUAUGGCACGGCGUCGCCAGUGGUAGUUGAUAGAGUUGAUAGCCGAUUGGCUGGAGAUUAGAUAAGGAAGGACUGACAGGAUAAAGGUGCGGCCUUCGGCCACACCUCUCCUUCAACCUCUCUUCUCCUCCCCAGCUUAAUAUUCACAUACGUUCUGCACAAA